UAGCGACUAGAGUGCUGUCUCAAACUACGGGAUAUGGAUUACUAUCGUCUGUAUUUAUUUAUCUCGGCCGCUCUGAUUAUGAAAACCACCGCUAAAUGUUAAUUUGUAACAGUGGAAAUAUCUAUAGUCUUUUAUUUAUUUAAUCGCAUAUGUGGAGGAUUUGACAGUGAUCUGCUCUUGGUGUAGGCUACUUAUUCUUUAACCCUCAUUGACCCUCACUGUAAGAGACUGCAACACACCAUUCAUCAUGCUGACGAGACUUUUCCGAAUCCACGGCCUCUUUGUGGCCUCCCAUCCUUGGGAAGUCAUUGUGGCCACUGUGACUCUCACCAUCUGCAUGAUGUCCAUGAACAUGUUCACUGGAAAUGACGAGAUUUGUGGGUGGAACUUUGAUUGCCCCAAAUUAGAGGAGCAAAUCCUAAGCAGCGAUAUCAUUAUCCUGACAAUCACAAGAUGUAUAGCAAUCGUCUAUAUUUAUUUUCAAUUCCAAAAUCUUCGACAGUUAGGAUCCAAAUACAUAUUGGGCAUUGCAGGACUUUUCACAAUAUUCUCCAGUUUUGUGUUCAGCACGGUUGUGAUUCACUUCCUGGACAAGGAGCUGACAGGUCUCAAUGAGGCCUUGCCAUUCUUUCUGCUGUUGAUUGACCUCUCAAAAGCAUGUGCUCUGGCCAAGUUUGCUUUGAGUUCCAACUCACAGGAUGAGGUGAGAGAGAAUAUUGCCAAAGGAAUGUCCGUUUUAGGACCCACUUUUACUCUUGAUGCCCUUGUGGAGUGCCUGGUGAUCGGUGUGGGAACAAUGUCAGGUGUGCGACAGCUUGAGAUCAUGUGCUGCUUUGGUUGUAUGUCUGUCCUGGCUAACUACUUUGUGUUCAUGACCUUCUUCCCGGCCUGUGUCUCACUUGUGUUGGAGUUGUCCAGAGAAAGCAGGGAGGGACGACCCAUCUGGCAGCUGAGCCACUUUUCUAGAGUUCUGGAAGAGGAAGAGGACAACAAGCCUAACCCUGUCACGCAAAGAGUCAAAAUGAUCAUGUCUCUUGGCCUGGUCAUGGUUCACGCUCAUAGCCGGUGGAUUGCCGAUCCCACGUCAAGUAACGGAACUCUUGAUCUUCCUCAAGUUGGAGUGAGCCUGAAUGACAAUAUGCCCAAGAGGAUUGAACCAGACAUGCCCCUGUGGCACUUUUACAUGUCCAGGAUGAUCAGCAUGGACAUUGAGCAGGUGAUCACAUUGGGUCUCGCCCUGUUCCUGGCUGUGAAGUACAUUUUCUUCGAGCAAGUCGAGAUGGAAUCUACCCUGUCCCUGAAAGUCCCCACUCCAGGCUCCAUGCUCUCGCAGAAAUGGUCUCCUGAUCAGUGCUGUAGGAAAGAGGUUUCCUGUUCUAGCAAGCCUGAGAAAACCCCAACUCCCCUUCCUGUUGUUACCAAAGAGGAAAGAGGUAUUACCCCCUUGUCUUUUCAUUUUUGUGUUCAUUCUAUACAAAACCAUCACUCUAUAAUGGAAUCUAACAGUAAUUUCUCUCUUUCAGAUUUAGUGAUUCGGCCCCUGCCUGUCCUGAAAGAGCCUGAGCAUAAAAGUAAUUUUGUUCUGGGAGAGGAUGAAACUCAAGAAAACGCUGAUGUUUCGGAGCCUGCUAUCAGUGUACCUGCCGAACCUAGACCUGUGGAAGAUUGUCUGUCCAUUCUGAAAAACCCAGAUAUGGGCGCUCGGUACCUCAGUGACGAGGAGGUGAUCGUUUUGGUGAACUCAAAGCACAUCCCAGCUUACAAACUGGAGGCCAUGAUGGAGACCCCUGAGAGAGGGGUGAUGAUCCGUAGAAAAAUGCUCUCCCCCAAAUUCCCAGAUCCCUCAGCUCUCUCCUGUCUGCCUUAUAAAGACUAUGACUACUCUAAGGUGAUGGGAACAUGUUGUGAGAACGUCAUUGGUUACAUGCCAGUCCCUGUGGGAGUUGCUGGUCCUCUGUUAUUGGAUGGAAAGCAGUUUCAGGUCCCCAUGGCAACAACUGAGGGCUGUCUAGUUGCCAGCACAAAUAGAGGCUGCAGAGCUAUAGCUUUGGGAGGUGGUGCCAGUAGCCGUGUUCUUGCUGAUGCAAUGACGAGAGGGCCGGUGGUGCGUCUGCCUUCUGCCUGUCAAGCGGCUGAAGUCAAGGCCUAUCUGGAGAGCGCUGAGGGCUUCAAGACCAUCAAGGAGGCCUUUGACCAGACCAGCAGGUUCGCACGAUUAGAGAAGCUUCUGAUUGGCCUGGCAAGUCGCAACCUGUACAUUCGAUUCCAGUCUAAAACUGGAGAUGCAAUGGGCAUGAACAUGAUCUCAAAAGGCACAGAACAGGCUCUCGCCAGACUGAAGGAGGAAUUUCCAGAGCUUCAAGUUUUGGCUGUUAGUGGAAACUACUGUACUGACAAAAAACCGGCUGCUAUCAACUGGAUUGAAGGCAGGGGCAAGUCAGUGGUGUGUGAGGCCACCAUUCCAGCUAAAGUUGUCAAAGAGAUUUUAAAGACGUCGACUGCGGCUCUGGUAGAUGUGAACAUAAACAAGAACCUGGUUGGAUCUGCUAUGGCUGGAAGCAUCGGAGGUUAUAACGCUCACGCCGCAAACAUUGUAGCUGCUAUCUAUAUUGCUUGUGGACAGGAUCCAGCGCAGACAGUGGGCAGCUCUAAUUGUAUCACUAUAAUGGAAGCCUCAGGCCACACCGGGGAGGAUCUUUAUAUCAGCUGUACUAUGCCCUCCAUUGAGCUGGGCACUGUGGGCGGAGGCACUAACCUUCCUCCACAGCAGGCCUGUUUACAGAUGUUAGGUGUUCUGGGUGCCUGUCAGGUGUGUCCGGGCGAAAAUGCCCGACAGCUUGCCAAGGUGGUGUGUGGGACCGUGCUUGCAGGAGAGCUGUCACUCAUGUCUGCACUUGCUGCCGGACACCUGGUGAAAAGUCACAUGACUCACAACAGAUCAAAAGUCAAUUUGCAAGAAGCUCCAGGAACAUGUACUAAGCAGGCAUCUUGAGACGUCGCCUGUUGAAGAGGCAAAGGGCCAUAAAGAAAGACGAUCUCAUCUUCAAGGCACAAAUGAUUAGUAAUUUAGAUUAUUUUCAAGGACAGCAAAAAGGAAUACAAACUAACGACUAUUCAUGGUUUCCUUGAUUUGUUAAAAGAGACUGGAUUAAUUAAAGACCUGAAUCAAGACCAGCUGUGUUCACAAGCUUAGAGUCGGUAUUUCUAAAUCAUAUCUGAGCAGGAUCGCAGCUUCCAGGCCUGCUUUGUCAAGCUUAACUCGCUAUGAACAGCAAAUCUGAUCUUAGAUCCACAGCAGCCAGAACAUACAGAUAAAGAAGGCCAUAUAACAUAAUUUGUUUUCUAAAAUCAAUAAAGUUCAGGUCACUUACAAGGCCACUGGAUGGGUUAAAGUAGAGAGAAUUUUGUACUUUAUUUUUAUUUGAUGUUGAUGGCAACUGGUAGCAUAUCUUUGUCAACUUGUUGCCAAACUGGACAGCAACAUUAGAAAGGGAGAGAUAAAGUUUACUUCUUUUCACUUAGAAAGGGAAAUGGCACAGGACAGUACUGACACAGAGAUGAGUUUAAAGUACUAUGAUUCACUAGUUGGUACACAUGUAGAAUAUUACAGAACGACUAUGGAAUUGCCAAACGCAGCCGUCAGCAGUGAUCGCAGUGUUUCUCGUGUCAGAAUGUACAUUCGUUUUUUUUCUAUGACACAGGAAUGUAUUGAAUGACUUGUGUAACUGAAAGGAGUAGUGCUACGACAUGAUGGGACAAAUAUUUCAAAAGGUGCUAUGAGCCACGUUUCAGUUCUUUGUUCAAUUACUGAUUUCUUUGUGUUUGAACACCUACUGCAUUGGGUUUAUGUAACAAUACACAACACAUUGCGUAUUUCUGAUGGCUUUUAUUAAGUUGGUUCUGGUUUUUAUGUCAUGGAAAAGAGUGGCUGAUGUUUAGAAAAGUACGUUUCAUGCACAAGACUGAAAGGAAGCGUGCUAUUUUUCCCCAAAGGCACAAUUCAAAUUAUUAAAUAAAUAAUAAACUGCAAAGUUUUGUAUAUUUUUUUAUAAUAAAAGAAAAAAUAUAUAUA